ACUAGAAAAAAAAAUAAAAAAUAAUAUGUCCCCCGUUAUUAUUGUGGUAUAAGAAUUUUGUCUAGAAGGUGUAUUAAUUAGUUGCGUGGAGAAGCAAUUUAAAUAUGUUGCAGUUUGGCAGAAGCAAUAAUGAUUAAUGAAGGUUCUGCACGUGAAGGUGGUGAAGGUGAAAGUUUUUCCACGUAGUUCCUCCAUAGCCACAGCCACAGUUACUGGAUCCUAACUGAACCGUUUCAAUUAAGAACUCUUCUUCAUUUAUUACUUGCUAGUUCGCUCAGGUUGAUGAGAAUCAAACAUAUUAUAACAUAGUAGAGAGGAAAGGACUCAUUGGUUCUAAGUUUCUUCAGAUUUUGCAUAGAACAUGUCAUCCGCAACAACUGCACCAUGGAUCACUUCUCUCUCGUGUGCAUCUCCAACCUCAGGAGACACUCUACCUCAAUGGCUGAGAUUCAUUUUCCUGUCUCCAUGUCCUCAGAGAGCUAUGCUAUCUGCCAUUGAUGUCUUACUCUUGCUCAUUCUCUUUGUGUUUGCCGUGAUCAAGCUCUAUUCUAGGUUCACCUCCAAUGGCUCCUCCUCCACCAAUGGACUUAACAAGCCACUUAUCAGAAAUAAUAACAGACCCUUUGUCUCAGUAACCAUAUGGUUUAAGCUAACUUUAGCUGCAACUUCUGUUCUGGCCUUAUUGUACACCAUUGCUUGUGUUCUGGUAUUUACCAGUUCAACUGAGAUUCCAUGGAAGCAAGUUGAUGGAAUGUUUUGGUUAGUCCAGGCCAUAACACAAUUAAUACUUGCAGUGUUAAUCAUCCAUGAGAAAAGAUUCCAAGCUGUAACUCAUCCUCUUACACUUCGAGUUUAUUGGAUUGUGUAUUUUAUUAUUACUUGCUUGUUUGUGGCUUCUGGGAUUAUACGUUUGGUCUCUGCGGAUGUGGAUGGAACCAAAGAGUUCAUCUUCAAGGUGGAUGACAUAGCUUCUUUCAUAUCCCUGCCUCUGUUGCUGUUUCUUCUCUUUGUUGCAGUCAAAGGGUCCACUGGCAUUAUGUCCAAUGAGAAAAUACAACCACUUAUUGAUGAGGAAACUAAGCUAUAUGAUAAUACUCUGGAAAAAUCUGGAGUCACUGGAUUUGCUUCGGCUUCUAUAGUAUCCAAGGCAUUUUGGAUUUGGAUAAACCCCUUGUUGAGUAAAGGGUACAAGUCCCCAUUGAAGAUUGAUGAGAUUCCAACCCUUUCACCUGAUCAUAGAGCUGAGAGGAUGUCUGUUAUCUUUGAAUCAAAAUGGCCAAAAUCAAAUGAAAGGACGAAGCAUCCGGUUCGAGUCACAUUGAUCCGGUGCUUCUGGAGGGAAUUGGCCUUCACCGCAUUCCUUGCUGUUGUUAGGGUCUGUGUCAUGUUUGUGGGGCCAAUUCUCAUACAAAGCUUUGUUGAUUUCACUUCAGGGAAGAGAAGUUCUGUUUAUGAAGGAUACUACCUAGUGUUGAUCCUCCUUGUUGCUAAGUUUGUGGAAGUUUUAACCACUCAUCAUUUCAACUUCAAUUCUCAGAAGCUUGGGAUGCUUAUCCGAUGCACACUCAUCACUUCUCUGUACAAGAAGGGCCUCAAGCUUUCUUGCUCCUCAAGGCAAGAUCAUGGUGUUGGGACUAUUGUGAAUUACAUGGCUGUUGAUGCUCAACAACUCUCUGAUAUGAUGCUUCAGUUGCAUUCCGUGUGGGUGACUCCACUUCAAGUCACUGUUGCCUUGUUUCUACUUUAUAAUGCUUUGGGUGCCUCUGUAGUUACGGCCUUACUUGGUCUUCUUGGUGUUCUUGCAUUUGUUGUGGUUGGCACAAAGAGAAACAACCGUUUUCAAUUCAAUGUGAUGAAGAAUCGCGACUCGAGAAUGAAAGCAAUGAAUGAGAUGCUUAACUACAUGCGUGUGAUCAAGUUCCAGGCUUGGGAGGAGCAUUUCAAUGGGAGAAUCAUGGGGUUCCGUGAGUCAGAGUUUGAGUGGUUGUCCAAGUUCAUGUUCUCGAUUUGUGGCAACAUUGUUGUGAUGUGGAGCACACCAUUGCUGAUAUCAACUCUGACAUUUGGCACAGCUAUUUUGCUUGGAGUUCGCCUCGAUGCAGCCACAGUUUUCACCACAACAACAAUAUUUAAGAUCUUGCAGGAACCAAUUAGGACGUUUCCACAGUCUAUGAUAUCUCUUUCACAAGCAAUGAUAUCACUGGGAAGGCUAGACAGAUACAUGUUGAGCAGGGAAUUGUCGAAUGAUUCGGUCGAAAGAGAGGAAGGCUGCAGUGGACACACUGCUGUUGAGGUCUGUGAUGGGACCUUCAGCUGGGAUGAUGACAGCCUACAGCAUGACUUGAAGGAUAUCAAUUUGGAGAUCAGAAAAGGGGAUCUUACAGCAAUUGUUGGGACUGUAGGGUCUGGAAAGUCAUCUCUCUUGGCAUCAAUUCUUGGUGAAAUGCGCAAAGUUUCUGGAAAGGUUCGGGUUUGUGGAAGUACUGCUUAUGUUGCACAGACAUCUUGGAUUCAGAAUGGGACCAUUGAGGAAAACAUUCUCUUUGGUAUGCCAAUGAACAGACAAAAGUACAAUGAAGUCAUCAGGGUUUGUUGCUUGGAGAAAGAUUUGGAAAUGAUGGAGUUUGGGGAUCAGACUGAGAUUGGAGAGCGUGGCAUCAACCUCAGUGGUGGACAGAAGCAGCGCAUACAACUUGCCAGGGCUGUGUACCAAGACUGUGAUAUCUAUCUUCUUGAUGAUGUCUUUAGUGCUGUUGAUGCUCACACUGGUUCUGAAAUAUUUAAGGAAUGUGUGAGGGGGGCUUUAAAAGGCAAGACUGUAGUCCUUGUAACACACCAAGUAGAUUUUCUACAUAAUGUGGAUCUUAUAUUGGUCAUGAAAGAUGGAAUGAUAGUCCAAGCAGGAAAGUAUGAUGAUAUACUUGAUUCUGGACUGGAUUUCAAAGCUUUGGUUGUUGCACACGAAACCUCCAUGGAAAUAGUAGAGCAAGGCUCAACUACUGUCGGCGAAAGCCUGAAUAGUCCAUCGAAAUCUCCAAGAACACCUUCUGGUCACAGAGGAGCCAAUGGUGAGAGCAAUUCUCUUGAUCAGCCAAAGUCUGGCAAUGGAAGUUCUAAACUGAUAAAAGAAGAGGAAAGGGAAACAGGCAAAGUUAGCUUGCAUAUGUACAAACUCUACUGCACUGAGGCUUUUGGGUGGUGGGGCAUUACAGGAAUAUUGAUUCUUUCUUUGCUAUGGCAAGCAUCUUUGAUGGCAAGUGAUUAUUGGCUAGCAUAUGAAACAUCAGAAGAACGUGCUCAAGUGUUCAACCCUUCUCUGUUUAUUUCCAUCUAUGCAAUCAUCUCUCUUAUUUCAGUUUUUUUGGUAGUUAUAAGAUCCUACUCAUACACAUUCAUGGGGCUAAAGACGGCACAACUUUUCUUCACUCAAAUUCUUCACAGCAUCCUUCAUGCACCCAUGUCUUUCUUUGACACUACACCAUCAGGAAGAAUUCUUAGUAGGGCAUCCACUGAUCAGACCAAUGUUGAUGUUCUUCUUCCCUUGUUUCUUGGAAUUGUCAUUGCCAUGUACAUUACAGUGCUUAGCAUCUUCAUCAUCACCUGUCAAAAUUCAUGGCCAACAGCAUUCUUGUUGAUUCCUCUUGUUUGGUUGAACAUAUGGUACCGGGGUUAUUUUCUUGCUUCAUCUCGCGAAUUAACUCGACUGGAUCAAAUUACCAAAGCACCUGUUAUUCAUCACUUCUCGGAAAGCAUUUCAGGGGUCAUGACAGUCCGAGCAUUCAGAAAGCAGAAGAGAUUUACCGAAGAGAAUGUUAAAAGGGUGAAUGCUAAUUUAAGAAUGGAUUUCCACAACUAUAGUUCCAAUGAGUGGUUGGGAUUCCGCUUAGAAUUGCUUGGAAGCUUGGUCUUCUGCAUUUCAGCCAUGUUCAUGAUCCUCUUACCAAGCAAUAUCAUAAAGCCAGAAAAUGUUGGUUUAUCUCUUUCUUAUGGUUUGUCAUUGAAUGCUGUCUUGUUCUGGGCUGUGUACAUGAGCUGCUUCAUUGAGAACAAAAUGGUAUCUGUUGAGAGGAUAAAACAGUUUACAAAUAUUCCAUCAGAACCGGCAUGGAUUAUUAAGGAUCGUUUGCCUCCUUCAAAUUGGCCAGGUCAAGGCAAUGUUGAUAUUAAAGACUUGCAGGUACGGUAUCGUCCGAACACUCCUCUAGUUCUCAAGGGCAUUACUUUAAGCAUUUAUGGAGGAGAAAAGAUUGGUGUUGUAGGCCGCACUGGAAGUGGAAAAUCAACUCUCAUUCAAGUUUUCUUCAGGCUGGUGGAACCUUCAGGAGGCAAAAUAAUUAUUGAUGGCAUUGACAUAUCAGUGUUGGGGCUUCAUGAUCUUAGAUCUCGCUUUGGUAUCAUCCCUCAGGAGCCUGUCCUUUUCGAAGGAACUGUCAGAAGCAAUAUUGAUCCAACUGGACAGUACACAGAUGAAGAUAUAUGGAAGAGUUUGGAAAGGUGUCAACUAAAAGAGGCAGUGUCUGCUAAGCCUGAAAAGCUUGACUCUUUAGUGGUAGAUAAUGGAGAGAAUUGGAGUGUGGGGCAGAGGCAGUUGCUUUGUUUGGGGCGGGUUAUGCUUAAGCAAAGCCGGCUCUUGUUUAUGGACGAAGCAACGGCUUCUGUUGAUUCGCAAACUGAUGGUGUGAUUCAGAAGAUCAUAAGAGAGGACUUUGCAGCAUGUACCAUCAUCAGCAUUGCUCACAGAAUACCUACAGUCAUGGACUGUGAUAGAGUUUUAGUUGUAGAUGCAGGGAGAGCAAAAGAAUUUGAUAAGCCUUCAAACUUGCUUCAAAGGCCAUCUCUGUUUGGAGCAUUGGUUCAUGAGUAUGCUAGCCGUUCCACAGGACUAUAAGAAAACCACCUCUCAUAUAUAUGUUUGGCUCAAAAUAAAAAAGUAUGGAUAAUUCUUUUGGUUGAACAUGGGAAGAACCAUGUGAAGGAAAUGGGUAAUUCUUUUUUGCCACACAAAAUUGGCGAAAGGCAUGUGGAGAUUUAUUCAAUAUUUUGCAAAAUUGUAUCAGGUAGUAAUAGGUGUUGUGAUAAGAACAAGCAAUGUGGAUGCCCAUUCCCAUGUAAAACUUAUAUUUUCAAAAGAGAAUGAAGAUUAAAUGCAUGUUGAAAAUAAAGACCACAUGCAUGUAUAAAUAGGGGGUGUUGUACGAGUCUUGAGAGACAGCAAAAAAAAAAUCCUCUUCCUCUCUUUAUACUUUCUCCUCCCUUAAUACGCUUCUAAUAUAUAAAAGCAGUGAAUAUAUAAGUUUCUAUUA